AUGCACUUAAUGAUGCUAUCUUUAAUUAUGUUAAAAGUAGGUCAAACAACUCCCAUAUUAACUACUGAAGAACAGAGAGAGAAAAAGAGAAUACUGGAGAUCAACCGGGAGUCCCGUUUCUUGCCCAACAUCACUCUGGGUUACAAUAUCUAUGAAAAUUAUUUCAAUCCAGAAAGGACUUCAGAUGCUUUGCUGGACCUGCUAUCAGGCGGGGAGGCCAAUGUCCCCAACUACAGUUGUGGGAGGAAGAGAAACACAGUGGCUGUUCUGGAAGGGUCUGAAACCGGCUUCUCCAUCCAGAUUUCUACCAUGUUGGGCACCUACAAAAUCCCACAGAUUAGUUACAACUUUGUUUCCCAGAUUCUGAAGGAUAAAAUUCAGUUUCCUUUCUUCUACCCAAUGCUCCCUACGGAAGGGUUCCAGUAUUCAGGAAUGGUCAAACUGCUCCUCCAUUUCAGGUGGACUUUGGUUGGUCUGAUUGCUCCGGAGAGUGACCAGGGGCAGAAAUUCAUGAUAACGUUGACUUCGAUGCUGAUAAGGAACGGCAUUUGUCCAGUUAUAUCACAGCGAUUCUUAACCACCACUCGUAAGAUCGUCAUCAAUCUGCCUUCAUUUCAGAAUUGGAGGCAAGUGAGCGUCUUUCUUUACGCUGCAGAACUUGAUUCGAUCAAUGCAGGACUAGCAAUUUUAGACUGGGUACAGCAAAGGAUUAAGGAACCUGCUGCAGGAAAAGUCCUGGUGACAACGGUGCUCUGGGACUUAACUUACUAUUUGACAGACCAGGGAAUUUCCUUUCAUUUCAUGCAUAGCAUUGUUUCCUUUCUUUUGAAGACGAAUCAAUUGACAAAGUGUGGUGGGUAUAGGAAGCUUUAUGUCUUCAUGAAAAACUUUGCAGAGAAAGCCUACCUGUGCUCAGACACCAAGGAUGCCUUUUCUGUGAAAGUUUGGGGACGGUGCAAAGAAAGAGAUGAACUGGAGACACUGUCCCUGGAAGAGAUGGGCCAGAUCCUUUGCUUAGACAACUAUUACACUUACGAGGCCAUCUGGGCUGUGGGGUGGGCCUUACACGCGGCCUAUUUUUCCAGAUCCAAGAGGACAAAGAUGGAAGGCGGUAAGACAUUGGGAUUUUCAAGGCUGAAGGCUUGGCAGCUUCAUCCUUUCCUUGAAAACCUUGAGUUGUAUAAUGCAUCCAUAAAUGGGGUGUUUCUGGAUUCGAAAGGAGAUCUGACAGCUGAUCUAGUCAUUGUCAACUGGCUGUUUCUCAACAAGUCCUGUAAAAAAAUUCUGCUUGGCAUCCUAGAAAAACAGGGAUCUCUGGACUUCACAUUUAUGGUCCAUCUGAAAGGGGUGUCAUUGAUGGAUCAGCUGAACAAGCCCCUGCCUCCUUCCAGUUGUGCAGAAAGCUGCCGUCCUGGGUUCAUGAAGGUGCCUCAGGAAGGGAAGCCCAUCUGCUGUUUCAACUGUCUUCUAUGUCCUGAAGGAACCAUCUCCACCAUGGAAGACACAGAAGAAUGCAGCAAAUGUCCAGCAGAUCAAUAUCCAAACAACAACCAAGACACCUGUGUCCCCAAAAUCAAGACAUUUCUAUCCUAUCAAGAAAAAUUGGGAGUCAUCUUGAUGUCCAUUGCCCUGUUCCUCUCUUUAAUCACAUGCUUUGUCUUAGGGAUUUUCUUUAAAUUCCAGGAAACUCCCAUAGUCAAAGCUAACAAUAGGGAUCUAUCUUACAUCCUUCUUGUUUGUCUCCUGCUUUCCUUCUUCACCUCCUUCUUGUUCAUUGGCCAGCCAAGCAGAGUCACCUGCUUUCUUCGACAGACAGCAUUCAGCAUCAUCUUCUCUGCUGCCAUUUCUUCAGUUUUGGCUAAAACAAUCACAGUGGUGCUGGCUUUCUUGGCCAGAAAACCAGGGAAUAAUGUGCAGAGAUGGCUGGGAAAGAGCUUUGCCAACUCCAUCAUCCUUUCUUGCUCUGGUCUCCAAGUUGUCCUCUGCAGUAUCUGGUUGGGAGCUUUCACCCCCUUCCCUGAGUCUGACAUGCACUCACAAUCUGGGGAAAUUAUUCUACAGUGCAAUGAAGGCUCCGUUGCCAUGUUCUACAGUGCCCUUGGCUACAUGGGCUUCCUGGCUGCCAUCUGCUUCACAGUGGCUUUCCUGGCCAGGAAUCUGCCUGGAGCCUUCAACGAAGCCAAGUUGAUCACUUUCAGCAUGCUGGUCUUCUGCAGUGUCUGGGUGUCCUUCGUGCCCACCUACCUGAGCACCAAAGGGAAGUACACGGUGGCCGUGCAGAUCUUCUCCAUCUUGGCCUCCAGUGCAGGACUUCUGGGCUGCAUCUUCAUCCCCAAAUGUUUCAUUAUUUUCCUAAGACCAGAUCUGAAUACAAAAGAACAUGUGAUGUCAAAAUAA